UACUUUCUGUUUCACGUAAACAAAAUCGUAAUCAUUCAAACAUUUGCAGAAACGAUGUCAUUGAAGAUACUGUGUAUUCAUGGAUACAGACAGAAUGACCAAACAUUCAGAGAACGGACAGGUGCAUUUAGAAAAAUUAUAAAGAAAUUUUCAGAUCCAGUAUUUAUUUCAGCACCAAAUCUUGUACCACCACUAGACAAAAAUGAUGAGGAUGGUGCCACAGACAACAAUGAUCAGCGUGGUUGGUGGUUUUCGUCCCCUGAUGACCAGUACAUGGCCCAGGACUACACAGACUGCUGUAAGGGCUACCAGGAAUCUCUAGACACCAUUGAGAGAGCCUUCAUAGAACAGGGACCUUUUGAUGGUGUAUUGGCGUUUAGUCAAGGGGCAGCCAUGGCUUCAUUAAUUUGUGGACUGAAAGAGAAAGACCCAGACGGUCCAUUCCAGUUUGACUUUGUAAUACUUGUUGCUGGAUUCAAAAGUCGCCAGAAACAGCAUGAAAGUUUAUAUGAGAAACCCAUAACAACACCAUCCCUACAUGUGUUUGGGGACUCUGACAGAGUUAUACAAAAAGAAAUGAGUGAAGAUUUGCUGCAGUACUUUGUUAAUCCACGUGUUCUCACACACUCAGGUGGACAUUUUAUACCAGUAUCCAGUAAAGAGAAAAAGGUGUAUAUUGAAUUCCUUCAGCCAUUCUUAGACAGGAAAAAAGGCAAUUAACAAUGAUUUUACAGCUUUAUCUCCAUGUAUUAAAAUAAUAUACAUGUAAUACCAAUAUUAAAACUAUACAUGUAAUUUGAAAGGUUUCAAAUGGUUUAAAAAGAAACAAAAAAUAAAAUAUU